CCUUAGUUCCCUGAGGGACAAGUCUCCAUGUAGUCCACCAAUAGAGGAGAAAGGCGGAGUCAGGUGAAAAGACAACAAGCGGAGGAUCCUGCUUGACUUUGCUGUGAGGACGUCCGGAAACUUUCUGAAGAAUCUCCCCUUGUCUGACAGCUCAAGAACCUGAAGAAGAACUCCGGUGGUUGUAAACCGACAAAACGCUGAAGGUACAGACCGCUGCUCCACGUGCUCCUCUCCUCCUGUGAAGAACAACCGACAGGACCCCCGGAAGCUCUCGUGGUCUUCUGCCGCCUCCGGUGCCUCCUCCGCGGCUUCGUCCGCCACAUUCUCCGGUGCUAAGAUGGAGAAGCAGCCACUGCCAUCUGACGAUGACAUCGCAGGAACCCCAGGGUCAGAGGUCAACGGCUAUGCUGGUGAGGAGAGCGACCUGGCCUUAUCGGAGGGUCCCACUCGAGCCGGAUGGAACAGUAAAGUAGAGUACUUCCUGGCCCAGGUGGGAUUCAGCGUCGGUCUCGGCAACGUCUGGAGGUUUCCUUAUUUGUGCCACCAGAAUGGAGGAGGAGCGUUUCUCCUGCUGUACGUGCUGCUGAUGAUGGUUGUGGGCAUUCCCCUGUUCUUCCUGGAGCUGGCGGCCGGUCAGGCCAUCCGACAGGGCAGCAUCGGAGUGUGGAAGUACAUCUCCCCCAGGCUCGCAGGGAUCGGCUACUCCAGCUGUGUGGUGUGUUCCUUUGUGGCUCUCUACUACAAUGUGAUCCUUGCAUGGAGUAUUUUCUAUCUUGGGAACUCAUUCCAAAACCCUUUACCAUGGAGCCAGUGUCCAGAACAGGGGAAUGUCACAGUAAAAGAAUGUGAGAUGAGCUCCCCGACGUCUUACUUCUGGUACCGCAAAGCUCUGGAUACUACGGACUCGAUUAAUGACACGGCCUCUCUCAACCCUUACAUCACCUGCUGCCUUCUGGCGGCCUGGACCAUCGUGUGCCUGGGAAUGUUCAAGGGUAUCAAGAGCUCUGUGAAGGUGAUGUACUUUUCCUCCAUCUUCCCCUAUGUGGUUCUGUUCUGCUUCCUUGUCCGAGGCCUCCUGCUGGAUGGAGCCUGGGAGGGAAUCAGCUACAUGUUCUAUCCCAAGCUGGAAAUUUGGGCUGACGUGCAGGUGUGGCGGCAGGCGGCCACACAGGUUUUCUUUGCCCUGGGUCUCGGCUUCGGGUCCGUUAUCGCCUACUCCUCCUACAAUCCAAGGACCAACAACUGCCACCGUGACGCCUUCACUGUCUCCUCUAUAAACUUCCUCACAUCUGUGCUGGCCACUCUGGUGGUGUUUUCUGUUCUUGGCUUCCGCGCCAAAGGCAAUGUCAUGAAGUGUGUCGUUAGUAAUGUUCAAGAGCUGUCAGAACAGUUUCACAACAGUCAUGUGGACAUAAGCCGGAUGCCAAGCUUCAACUACUCUGCCCCCAGUUCUGUGAGUCUGGAGGAUUACAAUGCCUGGUUUAAACAGCAUGGACGUAGCAUCCCUGGUAAUUUAACAGACUGUGACCUGGAAACAGAGAUGCAGAAGGGUGUGGAGGGCACGGGCCUGGCUUUUAUUGCCUUCACAGAGGCCAUGUCACUUCUGCCUGGAAGUCCUUUCUGGUCGGCGCUCUUCUUCCUCAUGCUGCUCAAUUUGGGGCUCAGCACGAUGUUCGGCACGAUGGAGGGAAUCCUCGCUCCCCUCACUGACCGCUUCAAAACUCUGGCCAACAACAAAACCAAAUUCACAAUUUUCAGCUGCAUCGUUGGCUUUGUGAUCGGCCUGCUCUUCACCCAGCGCAGUGGGAACUACUUUGUGAUGAUGUUCGAUGACUACUCUGCCACUCUGCCCCUCAUUAUCGUGGUGGUCUUCGAGACCUUCAGUGUGUCUUGGUUAUACGGAGCCGACAGGUUCCUUGACGACUGCGAGGUGAUGCUGGGCUGGCGUCCCUCUGUGAUUUACAAAUAUCUGUGGAAAUACGUUUGCCUCUUUGCUAUGCUGGGGUUACUGGGAGCCACUGGCAUUCGCAUGGUCAUCACACGACCGACUUACAUGGCAUGGAACCGAGAGAAGGCCACCGAGGAGCACCUGCCGUACCCCGACUGGGCUCUGGCCGUUCUGGCCUUACUGAUCAUAUUUGCCAUGCUGCCCGUGCCCGUCGCCUUGAUCCACGCUCUCCUGCAGGAAAGAACAAGGAAAAGAUCCAGAGCAUUAGAGAAUGGUCAGUACAGCAUUGUGAGCACGGACGACAAGUUCGAGACUCCGAUGACUGACAUGGCACAGCUGGACCAAAGGAAUGGGAUCGCUAAUUCCUUAUCGUGAAUAUUGACCUUGUGGGAAAUUACCUUCAGCACCCAGUCAAAGAUACAGUGGGCCACUUUCAAGGAUGGUUUCAUCAUAUCUCUCUCUUCAGUGCAGAUAUGGCACAGAAAACUAUUGCGGUGUGUAAAAGAAAAUUCCUUAUUUUAAUAUUUAAAACCUUUCUUUUAAUACGUUCAUGAAGUUCACUCGUAUACAGAUGAUUUUAUAAAUACUGCUGAUCCAACAACACUCGUCCACCUUCAAACUGGUUGAAGCAAUCACGACCAUUUAUCUAAAGUGGGGCAGGUUUUAUACCAUAACUCUCAGGAGUGUCCAAUUAGAGCGCCACUGAAUCCUGAUCAUUAACCGACAUGGCUGCAGCUGAUGUGAAGAGGUGGGAUGACUCAGCUAUUGAGACAGUAUUAAACAAUCUGGUUGGUCGAUUUUCUCUAAGGGGAGAAACACAAACACCCAUACCUUGUUGUCUGUUUACAUAUUUUCUGUCACUCUGGUUACAUCACUCCGCCUGGAAACUCAAAAUGAACUGAGAGAUUCCAUAUAAGUGUAAUAUGGAAAAUACAGAACAAACUAUUUAUAAUUGCUGAUUUUUUUAAUCUGCACAAGCCAUAAGAUAUCACAUCCUCUUCCUACAUUUUUAUGUUUGUAUUAAAGCUUCCCUUCUGAAUUUAUCUGAAAUAACCAAAACGUUUUAAACCAUUGUAAAAGCUCUCUUGUGUGAUGCAGCUCAUCACUUGAGAAAUUCAUCCGUCUUAUUUUGACAGUGAAUGUCACUGAAACUAAAAAGCCAACUUUUUCUCCUCAUUUUAUUUUACACAAAAAUCACAACGUGUUACAGUGAACAAUGUCCCCCUCCAUGUGAACUUUACAGAGCUGUUAUUUGCUGUUUUUAUUUUUCCUUCUUACGACUUUUCACAGCACAGUAAACUGAGGGUAAAAGAUGUGUAGCUUUAGAUUAUCAGUUAUGACUUGGGUUGAGUAACAACAAUAUAAACAAUGGGGCCUUAAAUCAAACAGGAAAACUACAUUAUAAUCAAAUAUAAUAAUUAUAGUUGAUAAUAAUAUAAUAAUUAUAGUUGAUUAUAAUAUAAUAAUUAUAGUUGAUAAUAAUAUAAUAAUUAUAGUUGAUCUGUGGGUAAGGCAGCAUUACGUACACAGAUGCUGUUUUUUGUUGCUGAUGAGUGUGAGGAAAAGAUUCUGUUAAAGGAAACAGAUCGGUUGUAUUAUUACUCCACAUUCUCUUCUCAAAUCUCAGAAACCACAGGUACCUUUAUUGGCCGAUAGUGAGACUGUUACAUCAGGUCGGUGAUUUCAGUUGUGUUGACAUUAAACUGUAAUUUGGUACAGUGUGGGUGCUCUUCACUGCACACAAUGUUUACAGCUCAACACAUUAGAGGCCUGAGUUUCUUAUUUAUGUAUAUGUAUGCAGAGGUACCUACACAAGUCGUAUGGUAACAUUCUCUGUUGAAAUCCAACUUUCAUUUCAAGUCGGUUGUAAAUGUUUCCAAACAUUUAUUUAUUUUAGCGUCACUGUGUCUUCCUUGUGUUUAAACGUAUCAAAUGUCUGUGAUUUUCGACAGUAGCAGCAAAACAUCCGCAGCACUACACUGUUGUAAACAUUUUCGUUUCUGAAUGGGUGACGGAAUACAAACACUGAGCGGAAACUCACAUUUUAAUUGUAAAUAUGUAUAAAAUACAUUGAGUCUGCUCAAGAACAAAUCUUUUAGACAUUCUGUGGGAAUUUAUUUUUAAAUCAAUUUAGCAUGAAGCUUUGUAUAUUUUUAGUGUUUCUUUUCUUUCUAGUUUAAGUAGAAACCUUAAGUCCAAACCAGACAAGGUUUUUAUACUUCAACUGUUACUGUUUAUCAAGUAAUUACAGUGUUUUUAAAUGUUGUAAAAAAUGAUAUUUAGACUUCAGUCCUUGAUCACUUUUGUCUAUUUUUAUCCGCCAUUUUGCUGAAGUUAAAUGUUUUGAUAAUGUUCGGUGGGUUACAAUGAAAAUGAAUUGACCUUAUGAACUUUAAUGCUGUUGAAUGUGUCUGUAUCAAGUGCCUUUUUAUCAAUGAGGCCAAAUUAACCAAUUGUCAAAAACAUUCCAGCAUCAAAUUGUUUCACUUUUCAAUGUUGUUUGUAGUUAGUUUGUAUGAAAUGAUUUUUUGCAAAAAUGUAAUAUAAUUCCACUGCUACUGUAUAUAAUGUCAUUUUUUAAAUUAAAAUCUUGCAGCAUCA